CCCGGGUAACAGAGAAGCGGCCGCGGCGGUAGAGGCGGCGGAGACGGUUUCUCCAUCUUCCCCCCCUCCCCUUCCCCCCUCGGAGUUUCCCUCCCUCCCUCCCUCCUUCCCAGUCUGGGCACCGGAGCCUGUGACCGCUUCUUUAGCGGAGAGGAGACUGCCAGUCCCCUUCGGCGGGCCUAUGCUCCGCGCCGUUCUCGGGCCUCCCUGCUGAGCCCGAGGCUCACGCCGAGAGGGACACGCAGUAAGGAGCGGUCGAAGCAGCUUUGCGGUUGUGCAGUGCAUCCCUGAGCAUGAGCGCAGAAUGAAGCGCCGUUUGGAUGACCAGGAGUCACCAGUGUACGCAGCCCAGCAGCGCCGGCUCCCUGGCAGCACAGAGCCCUUUCCUCACCAGCACCGGGUGCUGGCCCCCGCCCCGCCCGUGUAUGAGGCCGUGUCCGACACCAUGCAAUCAGCCGCUGGCAUCCAGUACUCUGUCACUCCCAGCUAUCAGGUUUCAGCUGUGCCGCAGGGCUCCAGUGGCAGCCAUGGGCCCACCAUAGCAGCGGUGCACAGCAGCCAUCAUCACCCAGCAGCCGUGCAGCCUCACGGAGGCCAGGUGGUCCAGAGUCACGCUCACCCAGCCCCACCUGUCGCACCAGUGCAGGGACAGCAGCAGUUUCAGAGGCUCAAGGUGGAGGAUGCGUUGUCCUAUCUUGACCAGGUGAAGCUGCAAUUUGGUAGUCAGCCUCAGGUCUACAAUGAUUUCCUUGACAUCAUGAAGGAAUUUAAAUCUCAGAGCAUUGACACUCCAGGAGUGAUAAGUCGUGUGUCCCAGCUGUUCAAAGGCCACCCUGACCUCAUCAUGGGCUUCAAUACCUUCCUGCCCCCCGGCUACAAGAUCGAGGUGCAGACCAAUGACAUGGUGAACGUCACGACCCCAGGCCAGGUGCACCAGAUCCCCACCCACGGCCUCCAGCCCCCGCCUCAGCCAACACCCCAGCAUCCUUCCCAGCCUUCAGCCCAGUCAGCCCCAGCUCCUGUCCAGCCAGCUCCUCAGCCCCCACCUGCCAAAGUCAGCAAGCCUUCCCAACUACAAGCACAUACUGCAGCCAGUCAGCAGACUCCCCCACUCCCACCAUACGCGUCCCCACGUUCUCCACCUGUCCAACCUCACACACCAGUGACGGUCUCAUUGGCAACGGCCCCAUCCUUGCAGAACAAUCAGCCUGUGGAGUUUAAUCAUGCCAUCAACUAUGUUAAUAAGAUCAAGAACAGGUUCCAGGGCCAACCAGACAUCUACAAAGCAUUCCUGGAGAUUUUGCACACGUAUCAGAAAGAGCAGCGGAAUGCCAAGGAAGCUGGAGGAAACUACACUCCAGCACUGACUGAGCAGGAGGUUUAUGCCCAGGUGGCUCGUCUGUUUAAAAAUCAGGAAGAUCUGUUGUCAGAGUUUGGACAGUUCUUACCAGAUGCCAACAGCUCAGUGCUUUUAAGCAAAACAACUGCUGAGAAGGUUGAUUCUGUGAGGAAUGAUCACGGAGGCACUGUGAAGAAGCCCCAACUGAACAACAAGCCACAGAGGCCCAGCCAGAACGGCUGCCAGAUCCGUAGGCACUCUGGCACAGGGACCACCCCCCCGGUGAAGAAGAAACCCAAACUGCUUAACCUGAAGGAUUCUUCUAUGGCAGAUGCCAGCAAGCAUGGUGUAGGAACUGAAUCAUUAUUUUUUGAUAAGGUCCGCAAGGCGCUGCGGAGCACGGAGGCCUACGAGAACUUCCUGCGUUGUCUUGUCAUCUUUAACCAAGAGGUGAUCUCUCGGGCUGAGCUUGUGCAGUUAGUCUCUCCUUUCCUGGGGAAAUUCCCUGAACUGUUUAACUGGUUUAAAAACUUUCUGGGCUAUAAGGAGUCUGUACAUCUGGAAACCUUUCCAAAGGAACGAGCCACAGAGGGCAUUGCCAUGGAGAUAGAUUAUGCCUCUUGUAAACGGUUGGGUUCCAGCUACCGAGCCCUCCCAAAGAGUUACCAGCAGCCCAAGUGUACAGGACGGACUCCUCUCUGUAAAGAGGUUUUAAAUGAUACCUGGGUUUCCUUCCCUUCCUGGUCUGAGGACUCCACCUUUGUUAGUUCCAAAAAAACUCAGUAUGAAGAACAUAUCUAUCGUUGUGAAGACGAACGCUUUGAGCUUGAUGUAGUUUUAGAGACCAAUCUGGCAACAAUCCGGGUUCUGGAAGCAAUACAGAAGAAGCUUUCCCGCUUGUCUGCUGAGGAACAAGCCAAAUUCCGCUUGGACAACAGCCUUGGGGGCACAUCGGAAGUCAUCCAUCGGAAAGCACUGCAGAGGAUCUACGCUGACAAAGCAGCUGACAUUAUUGACGGGCUGAGGAAGAACCCCUCCAUUGCCGUCCCCAUUGUCCUUAAAAGGUUGAAGAUGAAAGAGGAAGAAUGGCGAGAAGCUCAGAGGGGCUUUAAUAAGGUGUGGAGAGAGCAAAAUGAGAAAUACUAUUUGAAGUCUCUGGACCACCAGGGCAUCAACUUUAAACAGAACGACACCAAGGUGCUGAGGUCUAAGAGCUUACUCAACGAGAUUGAGAGCAUCUAUGACGAGCGGCAAGAGCAGGCCACGGAGGAGAAUGCUGGUGUGCCCGUUGGCCCGCACCUCUCGCUGGCCUAUGAAGACAAACAGAUCCUGGAGGAUGCCGCGGCUCUGAUCAUCCACCACGUGAAGAGGCAGACAGGCAUUCAGAAGGAGGACAAGUACAAAAUCAAGCAAAUCAUGCACCAUUUCAUUCCAGACCUGCUCUUUGCUCAGAGGGGUGAUCUCUCAGAUGUGGAAGAAGAGGAAGAAGAGGAAAUGGAUGUGGACGAAGCCACAGGAGCAGCUAAGAAGCACAACGGUGUUGGAGGCAGCCCCCCGAAGUCCAAGCUGCUGUUUAGUAACACAGCAGCGCAGAAGCUCAGAGGGAUGGAUGAGGUGUACAACCUCUUCUAUGUGAACAACAACUGGUAUAUCUUUAUGCGGCUGCACCAGAUUCUCUGCCUCAGGCUCCUGCGGAUUUGUUCCCAAGCGGAACGGCAGAUCGAAGAGGAAAACCGAGAGCGAGAGUGGGAACGGGAAGUGCUGGGCAUAAAGCGAGACAAAAGCGACAGCCCUGCCAUCCAGCUUCGUCUCAAAGAACCUAUGGACGUGGAUGUGGAGGACUAUUACCCGGCUUUCCUGGACAUGGUGCGUAGCCUGCUGGACGGCAACAUCGACUCGUCCCAGUACGAGGACUCGCUGCGGGAGAUGUUCACCAUCCAUGCCUACAUCGCCUUCACCAUGGACAAGCUCAUCCAGAGCAUCGUCCGGCAGCUGCAGCACAUCGUGAGUGAUGAGAUCUGUGUACAGGUGACUGACCUAUACCUGGCAGAAAAUAACAACGGGGCCACUGGAGGCCAGCUGAACACGCAGACCUCGAGGAAUCUCCUGGAGUCAGCGUAUCAGCGGAAGGCAGAGCAGCUCAUGUCGGAUGAGAACUGCUUUAAGCUUAUGUUCAUUCAGAGCCAAGGCCAGGUUCAGCUGACCAUUGAGCUUUUGGACACAGAAGAGGAGAACUCGGAUGACCCAGUAGAAGCAGAGCGCUGGUCAGACUACGUGGAGCGAUACAUGAAUUCCGAUACUACCUCUCCUGAGCUUCGUGAGCAUCUCACUCGGAAACCAGUAUUUCUCCCACGGAACCUUCGGAGGAUCCGGAAGUGCCAGCGUGGUCGAGAACAGCAGGAAAAGGAAGGGAAGGAAGGCAACAGCAAGAAGAGCAUGGAGAAUGUGGAUAGCCUGGAUAAGCUGGAGUGUAGGUUCAAGCUGAACUCCUACAAGAUGGUGUAUGUGAUCAAGUCUGAGGACUACAUGUAUCGGAGGACCGCCCUGCUCCGGGCCCAUCAGUCUCAUGAGCGUGUAAGCAAGAGGCUCCAUCAGAGGUUCCAGGCCUGGGUAGAUAAAUGGACCAAGGAGCAUGUGCCCCGUGAAAUGGCAGCAGAGACCAGCAAGUGGCUCAUGGGUGAGGGGCUGGAGGGCCUGGUGCCCUGUACCACCACCUGUGACACAGAGACCCUGCAUUUUGUCAGCAUUAACAAGUACCGUGUCAAGUACGGCACCGUGUUCAAAGCCCCGUAACUGCAGAGCCAGAGCACAGAACUGGAGGGAGGUGUGUGUGGGGUGGGGGUGGGUUCACGGGCCCUCACAUGCACUGAAGAAAUGAGGAAGAUGCCUUUCAAGCCUCACUGGGCCUCUCUGGGACAUGGCCACCUGACCUGUAUGUGGCUGGUGCAUCCUGGCACCAAGUGGGCUAUGUGUAAGAAACAUGGGUACCUUACACGGCUGGAGCUGGAACUUUCCUCACGGGGUUUUGGGUAGUAUCCUGCCUGAAGGGGAAGGAAAUCCAUGCAAGCACAGAGACACUCAGCUUGCGUGCACACACCAGCAGAGCUAAGACUGGAGUUUCCUGGGGCCUGACCUUUGCUGAGGGAACCAGGUGCUGUUCACACCUUGACUGAUGGGCGUGCAUCGACAAACAGACUGGGGGAGGACUCAACACCUAGAUGGGUGAUAUCUGAUGGUCACUACUCCUCUCCCCCCAAAAGGGGGGAAAAACUGGAUUUGAUUCAUUUCCUGGUCACUCACUCGAGCACAUCUAGAUUUGAUACAGGACCUGCGGUUUGGCUUUAGAAUUGAUCAUCUCGUGGAUCUGAUUCCUGGCAAAUCCCUUGCCACCUUCCCUUUACUCUCUCCUCUGGUUCUCAACCUCAACAAGUUCAAAUCAGUCAUCCUUUUUAGCUCCCGUGGAACUGUUUUGUACCUGCUUCUUUACUAGUCUACCUUAGUGCCAUCCACCAGCUUCUCUCUCUCUCUCUCUCUCUCUCACACACACACACACACACACAAUUUUAACUUGUUUUUUUUCUUUUUUUUUUGUAAAUAAUGUACAUACUGUCAAUUUUUUAUUAAAAGAAAUAUGCUUUGAUGUGCUAGCAUAACUGCUCUAGCUUCUUGUGUACCAUAGUUCUAUGUGGCUUCAGAUUUAGUACCUAUGAACAGAUGUACAAGACAUUUAUUACACUUUUUACCAAAGGGAGUUACCGUUGUAGUACUUUUGUGUAAAACUUGUCUUCCCCCUUGCCCCAACUUUUUUUUUCUUUUUUUUUGUAAAUAAAUAAAGCUUGGUUCUUACUUAAGGAAUAAACUUGCAACCCAAGUCCCUUGUCCUCAGAGGAGAACUAUUGUGAAGCAGGGAUUUGUUCUUAGUUCCCUAUCCACGGUACCAAUAGGAUUUUGCUUUAAAUAGUUAGCAGUCACUUGUAUUUGUCUCAAGUCAAACUAUCCCAAAUUUUCAUUCUUUUAGUACAUGGUUCCCCGCCCCCCACCCUUAUUUCAACUGUUUGGAAAUACUUUAUAUUUGUGUAAGUUGUCCAGCUAUAUAGUUUGUAUUUCUCUAUAUUUUUUCUUACCCUUACUGGAAAUGGGGGUGAACAACUUAAAUACCAAAUCAGUAUUUCAAAGAAGUGUGUAUAAGGCGUGUGGUAUAAAUGGGGUUGGGAGGGAGCCGAUUUGGUACAUUUCAUUAGCAAGGGAAAAUGGAAUAUAUAUUUUUUUAAUUACAUAAAUUUAAACUGGCAGACAUGAGUGAUUAGGAUUUUUACGUGUGGUCAGCCUGGACUUCUGGAUUUUCCUUUAGCAACCAUGACCCUAGUCAUAGUUGUAAGUAACCAAGUGUUGUGUGGUUUUUGCUUUUUAAUUAAAAAUCACCACCACCACCACUAAAACCCCACAAAGUUUUGGCUUCUGGACUUUCAAAAUACAUGGUAAACUAAUGAUUUUAGAUGUUUUGUUUGUUUGUUUGUAUUGGGAGGUGGGGUGGGGGGAAGAUGACACAAGAGACACUGAACCCAGAAAUGUAGAGUGGCACAAGAGCCUUGUGGGAGGAGAUUCUAGGGUGAAGCUGGGGCAAUGUCUUAACUUUGGGAUAGAGUGAUACAGACUGAUUGGGAAGGGGGAGAUCUUCAGGUUUUCUCAGCAAUAACUCACCUAUUCCCUUCUGCUCACUCAAGAAAAAGAUCAUGUGGGGUGGCUGAUUAGCUCAGUUGGUUUAGCGCAUGGUGCUAAUACAGAACACCAAGGUUGCCGGUGUGAUCCCUGCAUGGGCUACUGUGAGCUGCGCCCUCCUUUAAAAACAAAAAGAUCAUCUUGACUUGGAAUUACAGGGGAAACCGAUGGGGCCCCAGCUGUUGCUGUCUCUGCACAGUUACAUCCAGAGCACCUGCUUGCAGGUCAGGAUGGGGUUUCAGGGCCAGUUCAGGAGAAAAUCCCAGUCUACCAGUGCAACUAAAAGAAGGGGGGCUUAACCUACAACCAGGGUUUUCACAAGCAGCAUUUUUAACCCUCCUGCCUUCUGAUGUCUGAGCUCCAAGCUCUGAACCCAGCCUGUAUUAUAGCAAGUUAUCUUUAUUUUAAAUCAUGUUUGAUAUUCUGUACUCAGUCACCUUUCCGUGUAAUUUGCAUUUGAAAUGAUGUAAAUUUGACUUGGUCAGUAUUUUCAUUAAAAUA